CUAAGUCCUUGCUGUGUGGUUGGCUGCAGUCUGCAGGAGAGCUCGUCAGCUCAGCACACGCGAUGACAGUGUAGAUUGCGUGCUUGUGAAGGCUUUCCGUCACGUCGCAACAGCAGCAGUGCCAUUCGAAAUAUGACUGGAGUAUUCGACAGGAGGAUUCCGACUAUCAAAUCGACAGAGUUUCAGAAUCCAUUUCAGAUCUCCGCCAUGCACCACCCGUCUCAGGAAUCUCCGACUUUGCCCGAACCAACAGCAACGGAUUCUGGCUACUAUAGCCCCGCUGGUGGCGUUCAUCAUGGUUAUUGUUCACCUAGUUCGGCUUCAUAUGGAAAAGCGCUCAAUGCCUAUCAGUACCAAUACCACGGGGUAAACGGAUCUGGUGGAAAUUAUCCAGCAAAAUCAUACCCAGAUUAUACGGCAUACUCGAGCGCAGCUUACCACCAAUAUACUGGAUCUUAUAACAGAGUGCAAGCCCAAGUGAGCCCGCAAGAAAAAGAAGUGUCGGAGCCUGAGGUGAGAAUGGUGAACGGCAAACCGAAGAAGGUGCGAAAACCCCGCACGAUUUACUCGAGUUUUCAGCUGGCGGCUCUGCAGCGCAGGUUCCAGAACACGCAGUACCUGGCGCUGCCCGAGAGAGCGGAGCUCGCCGCCUCCUUGGGACUCACACAGACGCAGGUGAAAAUCUGGUUUCAGAACAAGAGGUCCAAACUGAAGAAAAUAAUGAAGAACGGCGAGCUGCCUCCCGAACACAGCCCCAGUUCCAGUGAUCCCAUGGCUUGUAAUUCUCCCCAGUCCCCGGCCGUCUGGGAUUCUCAAGGCCCCCCCAGGCCUCACAGUCAUCAGCAGAACAUAAGCACGGCGCAGUCGACAUUUUUGGACAACUCCGCUUCUUGGUAUUCCACAGCUGGUACUCUUAACCCUCACCUACAGCCCCCCAACUCGAUACAACACUCAUUGGUUCUCGGAUCAGGGACGCUGUAUUGAAGCGCUAUUUAAAUAUUUAAAUGUAUUGGACUUAUGUUUAAGUUUUUAAGGAAUAUGCAAUGUAUUGAAAUGGCAGUUAUAGGAGAAAGUGUAAAAUGUGUAAAUGUGUGCAUGUAAUUUAUUGCAUUUGGAAGAGUUAUUACUUGUGUUCCAAACGGACCGUGAAACUCCGAACACUUUCAGUGGUGCCUUGAAUCUUGACCUCAGCGGUAUCUCUUUCCCCCCGGAGCUAUAUCACUUUGCAUUGCAGCGGUUAAAAACCAUAACGUGAAAUAAAUUACCUCCGCAAUACAUAAAAACGUCCACCCUCACCUACCUUAUUAAAUUAACUGAGACUUCACCUGAAUUAAUUAAAUCAUUGUUUAGAGUUGAUUUUAUUGACUUCAAAAUGUGAUCAUUUGAGUCACCAAAUGAUUUUGUGUAAUGUAAAUUUGGUCCGUAGUGUGGCUAUGAUUUCUGAAAUUUAGUGAUUGUUAUUUCUGUGGAUAUAUAUUUUUUGAUAAAGAUGUUUUUUUUAAUGAAAUGAAAUUAAAAAUUACAAACACGAAGCCCAUUUGACAAGAUGUGCACUUACGGUCUGCAUGUAAACUGGAAACUGUUAUUAAAGUUUAAAUAGAUAGGAAUGAUUGUGUUGGAUAUACAUAAGUAAUGUUAUGAUUUUUUUUGUAAGGCAUAUACGGUUUGGCAGUGCAAACUGAGCUCGAUAUAAGGUGUCACAUUCAUAUUUACAAAUCACGGAACUCUACUGAUUAUCAUGUUACCAUUGUAUUAAAAAGGUUUUCACCUUUAA